GGCGUCCCCGAAAUACCUGCAGCUACCUCAGCCAUCCUAAGCAGCCACCUCCAUAGGCCCACCAUCCCACCUCUCGCACAUUGCCGCACAUCCGCCGCACAUCGCCGGACAUCGCCCCCCAGUUGUGCGGUGUGACGGUAUGGCCGCGUGCGUGCUGAGUCCUGGCCAUGGAGCGUGUUGUGUCCUGUCAAGGUACUCGUUCUGCUGCUACGGCGGGGCGGCUGGACUGCAGCCAAUGGAAUAACAUGGACGUAUUCAAUUGGCUUCGAUUGAUUCGAUUUGAUUUGGUCAGUCGUGCAAUCUAAUCUGAUCUAUCAGCGACUACUACACGCCAUCGACGGUUGGUAAUCAUAUAGAUCGAGCAUUCUACGUUCCUUUCUUCUUUCACGUUUUAACUAUUCCCGAUUAUUCGGACUAAAAGCACUAGCGGGAGGUGACGUGUUGUGCGGAGGUAGUGUGAUUCUACCCGUUGAAUAUCGAGAAGCGUCCACGUGUCAGACUGCUUGGCCUUGGCAGAAGAGUACCAUCGGUAGUAGCAGGGAGAAAGCACACUUUCCGCCGCUUUGCCUUCCUCCACCCCCCCGGCCGCUCCGCCGCUCCGCCGCCACCGGUGCUCCGCCGCCACCGCUGCCGCCGCCCGGUCACACCUGCCAGCGCCGCCGGGGAUCAAUAUCGAGCGUGAACGACUGCCUCGUGUCGAGCUGCUGUGUGCCACGAAGAACGCUACCGUCGUCCCCCGAACAUAAGGCACCCUCAUUUUGCCUGUACCGGACCGGAAAGAUAGCUUCUAUACAUUCAUGAUCAGGGUGCGUUAUGUUCGGGGGAAGACGGUAGUGCCGGUUUUUUUUAAUUUUUAUGGAGACACUCCUGGCCGAGCGCGGGAGAUGGAUUAUCCAAGUGCAAGUGUGCGGCUGCUGGUUUCAGCUUGAGAAAUAUAUCCUUUUUAGGUAUGAUUGUCAUUAGAUCGGUUAGAUUUGUCAGUUAGUUACAGGUUGAUUGAUUGAUUGAUUGAUUGGUUGAUUGAUUGAUCGAUUGAUUGGUUGAUUGAUUGAUCGAUUGAUUGGUUGAUUGAUUGAUUGAUCGAUCGAUUGAUUGGUUGAUUGAUUGAUUGAUCGAUCGAUUGAUUGGUUGAUUGAUUGAUUGAUUGAUUGAUCGAUCGAUUGAUUGAUUAACUGAUUAGAGUUUUUCAAGAUGGUAAAGGCGUACCUGAGAUACGAGGCUUCGGGCAGCUUUGGUGUGAUAGCCUCGUCGGCAUCGAACAUCACGUAUGAUGCUUCCGGGAAACUUCUGGUGUCUCCCGCCCUGGAGAACGCCAUCCUCUGGAACAUCAAGCAAGGCGCUUCGAUCCGCACUCUCUCUCCCACCCUGAUUUCCAGCGAGGGAGCAGCAGAUGCUGCACGGCCGGAGGUGACGUGUAUCGUACGCUCACCGACGACUGCUACACAGAUUGCCGUCGGCUACGCCGAUGGAUCGAUUCGCAUCUGGGAUAUCCUCAAGGGUUCGUGUGAAGUUCUGCUCAACGGUCACAAGUCAGCGGUCACAGCUCUCAGGUACAAUGCCUCCGGAGAGAUGCUUGCUUCAGGAGCAAAGGAUACCGAUGUCAUCAUUUGGGAUGUCGGUGGAGAAGCUGGGCUGUUCCGUCUGAGAGGACACAGAGAUCAGGUCACGGAUGUGGUUUUUCUGGAGCGAUCGCAAAAAGUAGUUAGCUGUUCCAAGGACACAUUUGUUCGUGUAUGGGAUCUCAACACACAGCUCUGCGUUCAAACAGUCGUCGGUCAUCGGUCUGAGGUGUGGUCCGUCGAUGUCGAUCCGGAGGAGACCAGAUUGAUUACGGGAUCAACGGAUGUAGAGAUGCGGGUUUACAGCAUCAUCCAUGAGGAGGAGGAGGAGGAGGAGGAGGAGGAGGAAGUGACCGCCGGUAUAGCUGGAGCUGCUAGCGGUGAUGGUGGCCUUGCUGCAAACGGAGGAAUGGUUAUGACAAGGAAGGGAGCCUUGCAAACAAAGUGGAAUGUCCUGAGAUUCAUGGGGGGCAUUCGUCGACAGGCUACCGAGCGAGCAGUGAUGGUGCGCUUCAAUGCCACAGGGAGGCUGCUCGCAUGUCAAGCAGCCGGCAAGACUCUUGAGGUGUACAGAAUUAGGGCAAAAGAUGAGGUGAUGAAGAAGGCAAAGCGACGAAAGAAGCGGAAGCGGGCGAAGGCAGAGUUAAAACAGGCAGCAGGGAGAGAGGCAGAUGAUGACGAGGAGGAAAACUACACUAUCGAAGAGGAUGGAGCGAAUGUCGAGAACGAGGACGGCGUUGCUGCUCAAGAUGAGAUCGUCUUGUUGCAGGUUUUGCGAUUGAAGCAGAAGGUUCGUUCCUUUGCCUUUUCCCCGGGUGCUUUGCGCAAGAAUCUCGUUGCAGAAAUCGCUCUGUCGUUGAGCAACAACAGCCUUGAGGUUUACGAUCUCCAGGAGUCUGGAGAUUGCCAUCUCAUCCAUGCCAUCGAGCUUGCCGGCCAUCGGUCUGACGUCCGUGCGUUGGCCCUCAGCUCAGAUGACUCUCUGCUGCUGUCUACGAGUAACAAUGCUAUCAAAAUCUGGAAUCCCCGAACCUGCUCCUGCUUGAGGACCAUGGAGUCAGGCUAUGGCCUGAGUGCCCUUUUUGUGCCUGGUAAUCGUCAGGGGAUCGUCGGGACGAAGGAAGGCCACAUUGAGAUUGUCGACAUUGCCGCCUCUCAGAGAAUAAGUCAAGUAGAAGCACAUACUGGGGCAGUCUGGUCUGUUGCUCCCAUUCCAGAUGGCAGUGGUUUUGUCAGCGGUAGUGCAGAUCACGAUGUCAAGUUCUGGGAGUAUGAGCUGAUUGAGGACAAAGCGUACUCAGACAAAGCGAAGCGGCUGAACGUGCGCAAUGUACGGACUCUGAAGAUGCCAGAUGACGUUCUCUGUGUUCGUCUCAGCCCGGAUGGGAAAUUCAUUGCUGCCGCUCUGCUGGACACCACAAUCAAGAUUUUCUUUGCGGAUUCCCUCAAGUUUUUCCUUUCGCUUUAUGGCCACAAGCUCCCUGUGUUGUCCAUGGAUAUCUCCUCUGACGGAGCUCUCUUGGCAAGUGGUUCUGCGGACAAGAACCUCAAGAUCUGGGGCAUGGACUUUGGGGAUUGCCACAGGUCCCUCUUUGCACACCAAGAGAGUGUUAUGCAGGUGGCAUUUGUCCGAGGCACCCAUUAUGUCUUCACCGUAGGUAAAGACAAAGUCCUUAAGUAUUGGGAUGCCGACAAAUUUGAACUCCUGCUGACCUUGGAAGGCCAUCAUGCUGAAGUGUGGUGCUUGGCGGUCAGCUCGCAUGGGGACUUCGUCGUAACAGGCUCUCACGACCGAUCCAUUCGGCGGUGGGAGCGGACAGAGGAGCCUUUUUAUCCUGAGGAAGAGAGGGAGAAGAGAAUGGAACAGAUGUUUGAGGCUGGCGGCUUGGAGGACGGCAGGGAGAGAGGUCCAGCAGCGGAGGAGAUUCCAGAGGAAGGUGUCACUGCGCCGGCAGGCAAAAGAACCCAGGAGACUGUGAGCUCUGCUGAUGCCAUCAUUGAAGCAUUGGAUAUGGCGGAAUCUGAGAUCCAACGGCUGCAGCAACACGAGGAAGAAAAGAAGAAGAACCCAAGCAUCAAACCACUGCCACCAAAUGCGUUGAUGCUUGGACUAAGCCCUUCUGCAUAUGUUCUGCGCGCUGUUGCUGCUGUAAGAACGAGCGACCUCGAGCAGGCGCUUCUGAUAAUUCCCUUCAAUAUGGCCCUCAGGUUGAUGAGCUUUUUUGAGGAUUGGUUGAAAGACGUGAGACAGGUUGAGCUGACCAGCAGAACUGCAGUGAUCUUGUUCAAGCUCCACCAUCAGCAAUUAACUGCAACGUCGUCAGCGCGCCGACUGUUAACGUCGUUGCAGGGGUGUUUGCGCGGGGGUGUGCAGGCUUUGAAAGACGUAAUGGGGUACAAUAUUGCGGCUAUGGGCCAGUUGCAGCACAUGCUGGAGGAGAGGUCGGCAGCACCGUUCACUGGGGCAGAAGACAAACUCAAGGAAAUUCGAGAGAGGCUAGCAAAAGGGAGGGAGCAUAUGAGAGAGGAGCGAAAGCAGCGCCACAAGAAAAGUCGUCUGGAGAGGAAAAAAAUGGCCAAAUCGGCGAAGUCACAAGCAGUUGCUGUCUCUGUCGCAUAGUAGAGUCUUGGGAGGUGGGAGGACAAGAAGAAAAAGAAGAAGAAGAAGAAUGGUGGGGUCUUGCUGCUUCCUUGUUGCAUACAAAAGCAAGAGAGGAUAACCAUAGUGGCCCCAAGCUUCGUCUUCUCAUCAAAUCUCUGCUGCAGUGUGGACCAUGUUUUUUUCACAGGGAACUUGAAGGGAUAGAAGCUAAUAAUUGUAGAAGAAAGGUUUUGAAUCAUGUUUGGUAUCUAUAUGCCAGCCCGUUUUGAAUCAUGUUUGGUGUCAUCUAUGCCAGCUUUGUUGU